AUGCAAGAUUUUGUAGACGAACACCCUGGAGUUUGUCGUAAACCAUACUCUCCAUUUUCACUUACGGAAAACUCUGUUCUUGGUCCACCGGGCAACAAUUUCAUUUUUGGACACCUUAUCUCUCUUUUUAAAGAUAAGCAAGGUGAAGCUUUUAUUCACCUAGCAAAGCAAUAUGGUGGAAUAAUUCGGUUUCAUGCAUUAUUGAAUAAACCUUAUAUAUCGAUUUCUGAUCCAAAACUUGUUCAGCAAGUAUUAAUAAAUCGUUCAUACGAAUUUCCAAAAUACUUUAUAAGCAAAUCUAUGAUAAAAGAUCUUGUUGGCGAGGAUGGCAUUUCAUUUUCCCAAGGAGAUGCUCAUAAACGGCUAAGAAAAUUGAUUAGUCCUUCAUUCGCUUUUGCUAAUAUCAAGGAAGUGCUUCCAAUAUUCAUUCAAGCUGGUCACAAAUUGAAAGAUGCUUGGUUGAAACAAAUUGGUAAUAAGAAAGAGGAAAGAAUUACGAUUACCGCGUUAAUUCCAAAGAUAACAUUAGAUGUUAUUGGCCUUGUUGGAUUUAAUUAUGAAUUCAAUUCUAUUACUUCAGACUCUGAAUUAGCUCGAGCAUAUCAUUCAAUAACUAAUAAAAGGCCUUCGUUUUUAUAUAUGGAGCUUUUAAACAUUUUUCCAUUCAUCAAAAAAAUUCCAACCUCUUAUAACAACCAAUACUGGAAUUCUAUUAAAACCAUCGAUAAUGUUACUGAGAAACUAAUUGCUGAACAAAAAAAUGCCACUGUUCGAGGAAAAGAUUUCUUGUCUUUAUUAAUAAAAAUAAAUGAAAAUUUGUCUAUUAAUGAACAAUUAACACAUAAGGGAUUACGUAGUAUGGUUAUGACAUUACUUUUUGCUGGACAUGAAACAACUAGUAGUUUACUAACUUGGGCGCUAUAUUAUCUCGCAAAAAUUCCUGAUAUUCAGGAUCAUCUUCGUAAAGAAGUACUUGAUAAAUUUCCCGAUCGUAAUUAUUUUCCAACUUUUGAGGAAAUUGAUCAUUUGAAAUAUUUGGAAUGUGUCUUUAAAGAAUCUUUAAGGAUUAGUCCACCUGAUGAAAUUAUGAAUGGUUACGUUACUCCAAAGGGAACUCAAUUCAUUAUUCCUAUAUACGCAAUCCAUCAUGAUCCUUUAAUUUGGGGUGAUGAUGUUGAAUCUUUUAAUCCAUCUCGAUGGCUUGAUCCAGAAAUAAAAUCAAAAAUUUCAAAUAAUAAUUUCUUACCUUUCGGUGCCGGUGUAAGAAAUUGUUUAGGAAUGAAAAUGGCUCAGUUAGAAUUUAAAUGCGUUAUACCUAUAAUUAUUAGGAACUUUGAGUUUAGAUUAGUUGAAGGAUUUACGUUUAAAAAGUCGACAAAUGGUUUAUGUAAACCAAUUCCUGGAAUUGAUUUAUUUGUUUCAAAAGUGGAUUAUUAA